AUGAAUCUCCCGCCCCCACCGCCCCCACUUGGUAUCUCUUCUUCUACGCCGCCUCCACCUCCACCUGGUCCACCACCACAACACGCAUCAUCUACAAGUACUACUUCACACCCUGCUUCACCAAAGUCUAGUAGUAGUAAACAUGUAUCGUCCCCUGUUUCUUCGACACCUUCAACGAACAACACGACAGCAGCAGCCAUACCGACGCCAUACUCCAAGUUACUUAACCACUUACCACUGGAUGCACCGGAUGAAAUGGACCGGAAAUGGUAUGCACAUUUCUAUCACAUGCAGAAGACAAUACAAGGAAAAGACGAGACUGCAACACUUUCGAUACUGAAGCAACAACCGGCUGAAGGUGUCACACCCUUACCAUUUCAGCCUGAUAUUGCACUACUCUAUGCAAUACUGACUGAACCAAUGCAAUCAAAGCAGUAUCUUCGAUACUUGACAGCCGUAGCAGCAGCUCCUGACAAUUAUAAAACGUGCAUGGGAUGGCUACAGAAACUUAUUGAUCUCAAGUUUGUAAAGUUGCUAGUCGCAUGUCGCAGUCAAUUAUUGUGGCUUGUGCGAGAACUUGUGCAUCUUAAUGCAUCAGGUGUAGACAAGGUGAUUGUUUGCUUGAUGCGAUAUCUUACGGGUGGAGAUCCAAGUCGCACAACGGUCUGGCUAGCAUCCUCGACGAUUCGCAUUCUCAUUGAACAUGAAGCCUGGCUAUUGUCGUGCUCAAGUUUAAUUCCGUUUGUUUUUCACACGUUUGCAAGAAUAUCACUUGACCACUCUGCUGCGCAACAUGCGAGUUUGUUGAAACAGGAGGUAGAGCUAUGCACGACAUUAUGGAAUCGUCGUCAGGAGGAUGUUGCACAGCUUGGACGAGAAAUUGUGCGCGUACUUAGUGAUGCAAAGGAUAUCCCAGGAAUGAGUGUGCUUUGGAAGCAAUUGAGGAGCGUGCGGGAUACUGCUGAAGCUGAAAAGGAUGUCACGGCAUACUCCGUGGCGCAGUUGAUGGCGAUUCCCACUCCUCCAAAGUACCUGGCUUAUCGCUUGAAUCCUAAAAUGGAGGAGUAUCUCCUGUUCAUGAUGGAACGUGUUCAAGCUGGAUCCGUAACGCGCUACCAAAAAUGGUUUUCAUCCCAAUUUCUGAGCAAUCCAGGAUCGGAUGCACUCGUCCCUGAUCUUGUGCGGUAUAUUUGCGCUGUAUACCAUCCUUCCAACCAGGUUCUAAACUCGAAAGUUACGCCUCGGUACCAUAUUCUUGGAUGGCUCUACCUUCUCUGCCACGGCAGUAAAACACCCAGUGUGUUGGCUCGAGUACAACUUGCUAUGUUUUUCGACUACUUGUACUUUAAACCGUCGGACAACAUCAUGACAGUGGAACCUGCAAUCUUGUUAAUGGUGAAAUCGCUCAAAAGCCAUCCCAUGGUAACGCUCGCUAUGAUUCAAUUCGUUGUCUUUGCUGUGGAAAAGUUUGCUGCCUCGGCUGUCAACCGAAAGCUCAUGCAGAAGGGUGUAUCCACUGCGUUCUCGACAAUACUAAAGCUUGGUGUUGUGCCGUCUAUACGUCCGCUCCAGAAUUUUUCGAUGCUGAUGUCAAGUGCGCCAGAAUUGCAGUUAGAGCUUCACCGAAUUUUUCCGGAGCACUUUCCUUCCGCUGAAAACGCCGAAAGUGUUCAAGCGCAAAGUUCACUAUCAAGUCCACUAUCGAGUGUUAGUGGUAGCCCUGCUCAGUCCCCUGGCCUACCCUCGUCGCCUGAGAGGCAGUCGCCUCUUCGAGAAUCGCCGGGUCGCCAAUCACCACUUCGAAGCAGUCCUAUUGGCGCUGGAAGCCCUACAACAUUGCCGUUACGAUCGCAGAGUCCAACACAUUCGGACGUAAGUAUGUCUGGCGGGGGGACAUCUUCUGACACGACAUCUCUAGGCACGCUUUCUUUCUUGCCCGACAAUCAACAAACAGUGGAUCCUACGACGGAGGUGGCUACUCGUAGCGAUGCACUCGCUUUGACAGCAUCAGCGGCUAUGAUCUCUCAUAUGCAUCCUGUUGUUGACGUUCCUGAAAGCAUUAUCGUAUUGGGGAGCGAUGAUAUUAAGCACUUUCAGCAAUCAAUACCUGAACCGUGUUCUCGCCCUACGGAGAGCUUUCUGGAGUGUUUAAACGAUAUUUUGAUAUCAUGGAUUCGACAUGACAACGCUGUCGAAGUUGCUGCUCCCUUGGGAAGCUUCCUGCACGCCUCGCUGGAAAGGAUUAUCGUGUCGUCACGAAUUGCCUUGAGUGAUUCACCCAAUGCCACAUCCGCGAGUGUGCUCGAUUCGAUACUAGACCAGGUGCUCAGCGAAUCUGUGAACAUUUAUGUGCCGUUUUUGAAGGCUAUGUAUGCACGAGAUGUCACAGUAUCCUACCGCCUUUUCGCUUUUUGUUGUUCACGAAGCAAUGGAAAGAGUCCUGAGGUUGCUCUGGGGCCUUAUGCUGCAUUUGUUGAUGCCAUCGGUGGCAACAUGUCCGAACACAUCUUGAAAGACUUGAAUCUAAGUCAGCAGAUUGACGAUGCGCGAGCACAAGCGUGUGCUCAUUUAGACAAGCCGAUGACUGUCGGUGUGUCCAAGGACGAAAUGGAUGCUCAGAGUGCUACAGCUCUUUUCGUGUGCCCCUACUUAUUUGUGAAUUUGGAGCACCCGUUUUUUUCCAAGCUGAUGACUCGUAGCGAAGCGCUAGUACAGUUACUCCUUGGUCUAGUGACACCAGCGAUGCUAAAUGCAUUAUGUAUCCGUGUUGUGAUGCGUGAGUUUGCAAUUUUCAAAAGUCGAUUGGCCAACAUCGUGCUCUCGUCAUUACAAUGGACUUCGUGGGAGCAGUACGGUAUGUGGGAUCUCGUGAUCGCGGAGCUCCAGUCAGGACAUUCCUCUGCCGCCGAAAAGAACAUGAUGGCAGCGGCAAGAAAGGUGCUGGCUUGCGCGAACCCGACGGAGAGUCCAGAGACGAUGACGGGGUUGCUAAAGUGUCUGAUUCACUUUAGCCCUGAUGAUAGUGUGCUGCAGAGCGUGUUCAAGCUUCCUGACACAUACGAGAAUUUUCCGUUUGCAGUAUUAACGUGUUGGAUGGAGAAGUUUCCUGAUCGUGUCACAAGUUACGUGCGUAGUGCUUUGGAAAAUGCCAGUGAAGGUGGUGGUGAUCUUGUCAAGGACACGACCUUAAGAGAACUCGUGCGAAAACUUGAUUACCUUCAAGAUUUGCGCAGUCGUAAUGAUACAAGUCAAGUGAUCACCGUGCUUCAAGAUGACACUAUCAUGGCUGUACUAACGAAGCUAAUGCAUCAUCAAUCAAUUGAUGAUGCAUUACCACAAGCAGAUACGAUGUAUCCUGCAUUACGUGCACUCUUUGUCAACGAUGAACCUCCACAUAAGAAAUUAAGACUUUUAGGUGAUAAAUAG